AUGGGCAAAAAGAACAAGAAAUCAGCCGAGCACAAGGAGCGUGUAGCGGCAAAACAAUCCAAGAAAGCAGACAAGAAAGAAAAGAAGCACAAGUCCAAGGGCAAAGAUGCAGACAGUGACGCUGAAGACGCUGAUCUAGACGCUAUUCUCGCUCAAUACGCAGAGGAACAGGCCAGGUUUCUGAAGGUCACAGAGGUCGUCUCAGGGCCUCCAUCCCCUCGAUCGUCUGCCACUGUGCUUGCUUCUCCGUCUAAUAGGAAUGAGCUACUCAUUUUUGGUGGGGAGUACUUCGAUGGUACACUGGCAACGUUCUAUAAUAAUCUGUUCGUCUAUCUCAUUGACAGAGGGGAAUGGCGCGAGGUUACCAGUCCGAAUAGCCCGCUGCCGAGGAGCGGGCAUGCUUGGUGCCGUGGAGGUAAUACUGGGGGGAUAUAUCUCUUUGGCGGCGAGUUUUCUUCGCCGAAGCAAGGGACUUUCUACCACUAUAACGAUUUCUGGCACCUUGAUCCAUCGACAAGAGAGUGGUCGCGUAUUGAGACCAAAGGGAAAGGGCCUCCUGCCAGGAGCGGGCACAGAAUGACUUAUUUCAAGAACUACAUCAUCCUCUUUGGUGGCUUCCAAGACACAUCACAGCAAACAAAAUACCUCCAAGACCUUUGGAUCUAUGACUGCUCAAAAUACACAUGGUACAACCCCGUCUUAUCGACCGCUUCACAAAAGCCCGACCCGCGGUCCUCGUCCUCGUUCCUCCCUCACGAGUCCGGAGCAGUACUGUACGGCGGAUACUCCCGCGUCAAGGUGACCGCAGGGGCCGGCGGCAAGUCUGCCAAAGGCGGCCCGCAGCGCAUGACAAUGAAGCCCAUGGUUCAUCAAGAUACAUGGUUCCUUCGGAUCACACCGCCAGCACCUGAAGCGCCCCCAUCGACGCCACCAACAGUCCGCUGGGAGCGCCGCAAGAAGCCCGCAAACUCGCCUAACCCGGCUAGGGCUGGUGCGACGAUGGCGUACCACAAGGGCCGCGGGAUUAUGUUUGGUGGUGUCCACGACGUGGAGCUGAGUGAGGAGGGUAUUGAAAGUGAAUUUUUCAACACAUUGUUCGCAUGGAAUACGGACAGAAACCGUUUUUUCCCUCUCACCCUGCGACGUCCCAAGAACACGGGUAAAAGCCAGCAAGGAAAUCAGGCAGCUAAAUCUCGGAACAGGGGGAAAGCUACUGAAGAGGAGCUAUUGCAAAAUCUGAAGGCGCUGGAGGCUAAGAAAGGGAUACGCGUUGACGAAAACGACGACGAUAAUGAGUUCCUACCUAAAGAGGACGAAGAACCCGUGCAGCCGGAAAAGCCGGCUAUUGUCCGCUUCGAGAUGCCCCAUAUGCGUUUCAACGCGCAGCUCGCAGUGCAGGAAGACACGCUUUUCAUCUUCGGCGGGACAUACGAGAAGGGAGACCGCGAGUUCACGUUCAACGACAUGUACUCAAUUGAUCUGGGCAAGAUGGACGGAGUCAAGGAGAUCUUCUACAACGAGCCGGGUAAUUGGCAUCUGCUCAACGAGGCGGACAGCGAUGAAGAGAUGGAUGAAGAUGAUGAAGAGGGAGAGGAGGAAGAAGAGGCGGAAGAAGAGGACGCGAUGUCUCUUGAUACUGCCUCGGCUGCACCCACUGAGACCACCGAUGUAACCGUGCCUUCCGUAACCCGAGACCUGGAGCAGCUCGAUAUUGAAGAGCAAGACGCCGAGCCGUCAAUUCAGGAUAGCAGACCGCUGCCGCGCCCGUUUGAGACUUUACGUGAAUUCUUUAGCCGCACGAGUGAGGAGUGGCAGCAGAUCUUGCUUGAGACGUUGAAUGAGAGGGGAGUGGCAGUGGAGAAGAAUAUAAAGGAACUCCGCAAGGAUGCGUUUAAUUUGGCGGAGGAGAAGUGGUGGGAUAGUAGGGAGGAGAUUAUGGCGCUGGAAGAUGAGCAGGAGGCGGCUGGGAUUGGGGAGGUUAUCAGUAUUGCCGACAGGGCUGAGAAUGCUGGUGGUGCUGGGCGGCGGAGGUGA